AUGCAAAGACGCGAGAAAGACACCGAUCAACAUCAUCAACGUAAGCCGCGUGGCACACGCACAAAUAGUGGUAGUCAAGCUUCCCGUGCUGGCUCAGCUUCAUCCAAUUCUAGUGUAUUGAUGGUUGGACCUAAUUUUCGUGUGGGUAGACGCAUUGGUCGGGGCAAUUUUGGCGAAAUUUAUUUAGGUAAAAAUCUCUAUAAUAACGAACGAGUGGCGAUUAAAUUGGAAGCAAUGAAAACACGAGCUCCUCAAUUGCAUCUAGAAUAUCGUUUCUAUAAAGUAUUAGGCAAAAAUGUUGGAUUACCUCAAGUCUAUUACUUUGGACCAUGUGGUAAAUUUAAUGCUAUGGUUUUAGAGUUACUUGGACCUAGUUUGGAAGACCUUUUCGAAUUUUGUAACCGAAAAUUCUCGCUUAAAACUGUCAUUCUCUUGGCGAUUCAACUGCUCAAUAGAAUUGAAUACGUUCACUCGAAAAAUGUGAUAUAUCGCGAUAUCAAGCCAGAAAAUUUUGUGCUUGGCCGCCCAAAUCAUAAGCAUGAAAAUAUAAUUCAUAUCAUUGAUUUUGGCUUAGCCAAAGAAUAUAUUGAUCCUGAAACGAAUAAGCAUAUACCAUAUAGAGAGCAUAAAAGUCUUACUGGAACAGCACGGUAUAUGAGUAUAAAUACCCAUCUUGGCAAAGAGCAAAGUAGGCGUGACGAUUUAGAAGCAUUAGGUCAUAUGUUUAUGUAUUUCCUACGCGGUAGUUUACCAUGGCAAGGUCUUACGGCUGCUAAUUUAAAGGAAAGAUAUCAAAAGAUUGGUGAUACCAAAAGAUCAACACCGAUUGAAGUUCUUUGCGAAAAUUAUCCAGAGGAAUUUGCUUCGUAUCUUCGCUAUGCGAGAAGACUAGACUUUUUUGAAAAGCCAGAUUAUGAUCACUUACGAAAUCUCUUUAAAGAAUUAUACAAAAAGAGAGGAUAUGGAGACGAAACUAAAUUUGAUUGGUCUGGUAAAAAUGUGGUAAUGAUAUAUAUUUAUAUGUAA